ACCCCACCGUAGGGAAGCAGCCCGAGAGCGCGCCCCGGGGACCCGAGGACGUCACACUCGCGCGGCGGAGCCUCCAGCCCGCCCCGCACGCACCUUCUCUUCUCUCUUCCCUGGGACGCCGCGGCUGCCCCGCACCCUCCAGCCCGCUCUCGCCGCGGGCUCCCGCCGCCGGGCCCCAACAUGGCGCCUCUCGGGCAGCUCCGCUCCUGGCCACGGCUCUGCGCCUCCGCGCGCGGCCUCUCCGGCCCCCGGUCCCAGGGGUGGGUUUGCUGCUUUUCCACCAGCGCGCGUCACCACACCAAAUUUUACACAGAUCCAGUGGCAGCUGUGAGAGAUAUCCCUGACGGCGCCAAGAUCCUGGUUGGUGGUUUCGGGUUAUGUGGAAUUCCAGAGAAUCUGAUCGGAGCUCUGCUGAAGACUGGGGUCCGAGGGCUCACCGCGGUCAGCAACAAUGCGGGGGUCGACAACUUUGGCCUGGGCCUCCUGCUUCAAACCAAGCAGAUCAGACGCAUGAUCUCCUCAUACGUGGGAGAAAAUGCAGAAUUUGAGCGGCAGUACUUGUCUGGUGAAUUAGAAGUAGAGCUGACACCUCAGGGCACGCUUGCGGAGAGGAUUCGUGCCGGCGGGGCCGGGGUGCCUGCGUUUUACACCAGCACCGGCUACGGGACCCUGGUGCAGGAAGGAGGGGCGCCGAUCAAGUACAACAAGGACGGCAGCAUCGCCAUCGCCAGCAAGCCCAGGGAGGUGAGAGAGUUCAACGGUCAGCACUUCAUUUUGGAGGAAGCGAUCACAGGGGACUUUGCCUUGGUGAAAGCCUGGAAGGCCGACCGUGCAGGAAACGUCAUCUUCAGGAAAAGUGCACGGAACUUCAACUUGCCCAUGUGCAAAGCUGCACAGACCACCGUGGUAGAGGUUGAAGAAAUUGUGGAUGUCGGAUCAUUUGCCGCAGAAGACAUCCAUAUUCCUAAGAUCUAUGUACAUCGCAUUAUCAAGGGAGAAAACUACGAGAAGAGAAUUGAGCGAAUGUCGAUCCGGAAAGAGGGAGAUGUGAAAGCCAGGUCUGGAAAGCCGGGAGAUAACGUGCGGGAACGCAUCAUCAAGCGGGCAGCGCUCGAAUUUGAGGACGGCAUGUAUGCUAAUUUGGGCAUAGGAAUCCCACUUCUGGCCAGCAACUUCAUCAGCCCAAACAUGACCGUUCAUCUGCAAAGCGAAAAUGGAAUCCUGGGUUUGGGCCCAUACCCAUUACAAAAUGAAGUCGAUGCAGAUCUAAUCAAUGCAGGCAAGGAAACAGUUACUGUUCUUCCAGGAGCCUCUUAUUUCUCCAGCGAUGAGUCAUUUGCGAUGAUUAGAGGAGGACACAUCAACCUGACCAUGCUCGGCGCGAUGCAGGUGUCCAAGUACGGCGACCUGGCCAACUGGAUGAUCCCUGGGAAGAUGGUGAAAGGAAUGGGAGGUGCUAUGGAUCUCGUGUCCAGCGCCAAGACCAAAGUAGUGGUCACCAUGGAGCAUUCUGCGAAGGGAAAUGCACAUAAAAUAAUGGAGAAAUGUACAUUGCCACUAACUGGAAAACAAUGUGUCAACCGCAUCAUCACUGAAAAGGCCGUGUUUGACGUGGACAACAAGAAAGGGCUGACUCUGAUUGAACUCUGGGAAGGCUUGACGGUGGACGACAUACAAAGGAGCACAGGGUGUGAUUUUGCGGUUUCACCAAAGCUCAAGCCAAUGCAGCAGAUCACGGCCUGACGUGGGGAGUAAACAUUUGUCCCAAGCUGUGUGCUUUUCAUUUUAACCAGAUAGGAUUUCAUGGGAAGGUCAUCAGUAAUCAUAUUUGUAUCUGGAACCAACAGUUUUUGACUAGAUUUUUUAGCAUUUUAUACUUUAUGCAGCCUGUUCUCUCAAGCAUGCUAACACAUUUUACUGAAAAACAAAAAGAAAAAAUAUGAUUAUCUUGUUUGUUUUCUAAGUGCUGAGAAGGAUGUCUUCACAGUUGGUGCUCACGUUGGGUUUUUCUCAUCUUCUGUGGCACCUACACUGAGUCGCCUGCGGUUGGUAUCAAGAUGGGCCGGCAGGAAGGGUUUCAUUGACGUCCUUUCCCUCCAAACGAAGUGGUAAAGAAAAGAAUGAAGAGAAAAGUAACUCCUCCCAGGGAUUCCCGGGGCAGCACCGUGCUAGUCCUGAAAGACAACUGCAUGGGAAUUUUGAUUAGGAGAAGUACUGUUAUUCCUUCGGCCUCCUCUGACUUUUCUUUGGGAGCCUCUGGUUGUCUGAUUGCAUUGCUGUCCUAGGCCACCUCCCUUCCUCCCAUCCUGCCUGUCACUAAACAGAUGCCUACGAAGGAAAGUGGGAACAUCACGGUGUGGGAGAAGGUAGCUCGUUCGUGGGAAAGAGUAAUGGUGCGGGCCCGUUGGUGCUGACGUCCUACCAAAGGUGGCCUUUACUGACCAGCCCACCGCCCACCAACCAUCAGUCCUUUGCCGAGUCCUCUCGGACCUGGUCAGUGCCCUCAUUUUGAAUCUGCAGUAUUCAUGUCUACCCAGACGGUCCUUCAGAGCCUUUCUCUGUGUUACUGAGGACCAGUGGGCUACUUGAACAAUACUUGCUCUUAAGCCAAGAGGGCUGUGGGAUAAUUUAUCAUGAAUCCAUAGUCACAGUGAACACACAAGGUUUCUUUCUUUCUUUUUUAAAAAUUCUUUCCAAGCUUCUUAUUGGUGGUCAGAAAAGUUUCUAAAUAUUGAAUGCCUUUUUCUACAGAACAGUGUCCUUUCUUCUGACCAGGCUACUUCCUUGAACAAAGCACUUUUAAUUCGACUCUGCCCAAAUAUGGUACCGAAGGAUGAGCAAAUCCAGGAUUCAAAGAGCGGCGGGCGCAUUUUCAUCGGUAGGAAGGAAACACUGUGGAUUCGGUUUUGUAAGGGACUUCUUCUUAGAGGUACCCUCCGUACCCGACAUUUCCCGGGGGUCACUAAGCAUCCCGGCUACCAAACGGGCGAAAGGCCUGUUCUCCGGGCGUGGCAGGCCCAGCAGAGUGCAGCGCCGCCCCAGCACCCAGUAUAGGCAUGUGUGCACGUCUCCUGGUGAUGGUUGUCAUCGCAACUCACUUUCCCUUCCGAUACAGCUACCGUGUGUCCUACAAGGUACUAGAGGCAGGGAAGAGGCAUUUUUGUUUGUUUUUUUUUUGAGCAGCACACACCAAUAUAAAACAGUCUGUUCUACUGGCUUCAUGGUUGAAAGCAUACUCUUCCCAGUACGAUAAAAUGGCUCUUUUUGGACUUUGUCAGGUCUAGAGAAUGAUAUAUAUCUAUGCCAGAGUUAUAAUUGGGAAAAACAUAUGUCACUGAUGGUUGCUAUAUUUGUAAACUUACUUGCUUAUUAUUCCAAUGUGUUACUUUAAGAUAAUAUGCUUCUAAGAAUGUUCGCAGCUUUGGCAAAACCUCAGUAGAUGUCUUUGUAUUCUUGGUUAAAGAGUGCCAUGGCUAGGUGAGAAAUGCAAUAAAUAUUCCAAACUGCUGCAGGUUGA